AUGUGUCGAUCGGAUUUGAGAAGUGAAGAAGGAAACAACGAUGAUGGAUCAUCAACACUUACAUCAAUCGCCGUUUUCAGUGGACUCCGGGCUUUGUGGUCGAUGGGAACAGCAGAGAAGGAAGAAAACGAUGGGAAAAGGGAGGACCUAUGGGGUUUGGCUAGACCGAAGGAAGAAGCAACGAAGCUGCGGUGGCCUUCUGUGGGUGAAUAUGGGUGUUGUAGGGUGGCAGUGGGCCGUCUAGGGUGGUCGCAGUCGGCAUUUCCGUCUGCUUUUUUGAGUGGUGUUCUUUGGCAGGAAAACAAAGGAGAAGAACAGGGAAGGCUUUGGUUGCUUCAUUUGACAGAAAAGAGUAGGAAGAACAAUGGUGAUGAUCUCUUCUUUGAUUGGAUAUGGAGUACAUUGUGA